AUGAAGAUCUUCCCGUUCUUGGGGGUCGUCGUCCUCGCAGCGCUAACCCUGCCUAGGGCUGAGGGCAAAGUGUUUGGGAGGUGUGAGCUGGCGAGGGUCAUGUGGCAGCAUCGCUUCGACGUGUUUGUGGGUCACAAAGUGGCUGACUGGGUCUGCCUGGCGCAACACGAGAGCAGCUACAGAACCGACGUUGUCUACUUCAACGGCAGUAGCAGUGACUAUGGGAUCUUCCAGAUCAACAGCCUGUCCUGGUGUGAUGAUGGCCAGACUCCUGGUUCCAAGAAUGCCUGUCGAAUGUCUUGUUACAGACUUUUGGAUGAUGACAUCACAGAUGACAUGCGGUGUGCCAAGAAGAUAACCCGAAAAGCCAGAGGCCUGACUCCCUGGAAGGGCUGGGAAAACAAUUGCCAGGGAGAUGUCGACCACUAUGUCGACGGCUGCUGGUAAAUUUCUGGUGAGGCUGACAAUCAGCAAUGGAGAAGAUGGCGC